AUGAAGCUGCUGGUCGUGCCUCUGUCCCAGAUUCAUAACAACGCUCAGGUUUAUGGUUCGGUCAUAUCUGGGAUUCCAAAUCUACUGUCCAAGUUCGCGCUGAACGAGAGCGGCGGCAGGGCAGCGACGGCUUGCCGCGGGCGCCGCUUCGUCGGCGUGCGGCAGCGGCCAUUGGGGCGGUGGGUCGCGGAGAUCAAGGACUCGGCGCAGCGCGUCCGCCUUUGGCUCGGCACGUUCGACACCGCCGAGGAGGCGGCGCGCGCCUACGACGAGGCGGCCCACGCGCUGCGCGGCGAGAGCACGCGCACCAACUUCGCGGGCCGCGCCCGGUACUGCGGCGGCGGCGGCGGCGCGGCGAGGGCCAGGCUGAGCAAGAACCUGCAGCACGUGAUGGCGCGGGUGGCAGCCGCGGGCAGGGCCACGGCGUGCGCCGGGGUGGGCGAGCAGUUCGCGCUCGCCGCGGUGUUCCGGCGCUGCCAGCAGCCGGCGGCGGCCGCCCCCGCGCCGCCGCAGACGCCGCAGCAGGCUGAGGCCGCGCGUGCCGCCAAGCACGCGGUGCACCCGAGCUUCGUCGUGCCGAGGCGAACGGCGGCGGCGCCGCCCCCGUCAUCGUCAGCGCUUGGAGCCGGAGAUCCCUGGGGUGCCGAUGACGCCGCCGAGCUGCUGCGCGUGCAGGAGAGGUCGUUCAACUUGUCCUCGCCGUGA